AGUGGUUAGCUACGGGUACUUUUCUAAUGAAUCCGACAUCGUGUUCCUGCAAACACAGAAAUGUGAAUCCCCCUAAAAACAAAAACUCGCUUUUUAACUGCUAUUGUGAAGACAGUGAGAACGAGCAACUAAAAAAUGAGAUAACCCUUGUUAAAAAACAGUUGGAUGAAGCCCACGACACUAUUGCUGAAAUGGAAUUCGAAUUAGAAAGCGUUGAUGUACUGGCUCUACAAAAUCAGUUGCUACGCGAAGAAAUAAUGAAGCUAAAAUCUCAGGAGGAGGGUGUCAUUUCCAGGGACGAUGAGGAGGAUCCAGUAACUCGAAAAAAUCGUCGUAGUUAUCGGCAGCAAGUAUCAGCAGGAAUCCUGGAGCCCCAACUUAAAAGUCCUACCGAAAAACAGCGAUACGGUUUUAUUCUGAAUUGAACUUUAUAAUACUUAACUAAUUUUAUCUUUAAAAUCUGAAUUUAUUUUACCAUUUCAAAAUGUAAUUAACGCUUUAAACAAUUCGAAUCGAAAACGCUUAUCAUUAUUGCCCUCCCUCAUAAAAAAAUAUAUUUCUGAAUCACCUUACUAUAAACGUUAAAAUCUAGACAACAAAAAAUUUGU